GGCGGCUGCGGCGCUGGCCGGAGGGUGUGAGUUCAAUGGGCAGCGCGGAGGGAUGCGCAGGGGCCCGUCGCAGCCCGGCUGCUGCCUGCGCUCGGGGACUCGCUUCUGCUGCCAUCUCACGGCGUCCCCCUCAGCCCGGGCUUCGUCUUUGGCCUUUCAAAUGGACAUUAAGUGACAUUGAAUGUUAGCUGCAAGGAUUUUAUAAGUACUGCAUCAGCUGGGAUGUUGCGACAGAACGGUGGAAGUAACAAGCGUGGUUUGGGAUUAGCCCGACUGUCUACAUCCAAUUUCUUCACCAUCGCCAAUUCAGGAAACUGGGGAAUGGGGCGCAGUACCAAGAGCAACUCUCUGAGCAGUAUUAGCUCCAACUCUGAUUGCUACGACAGUCCUAUUGUGGAUCCAGAAUACAUCAUGCAGUUGGUGAAUGAUGUCAGAAAAUUUGCAGAUGUGCUACUCUAUUUGAAAGAAGCCAUUCUUUCAGAAGAAAAUGAAGAUUGUCUGCAUCAUGUUGUUCAUGAACGUUUAGGGGAGCUGCUGCGUGUCCUAAAGGCAGUGAUAAGUAAACAUCAGACUCUCAAUUCAGUUGACAUUCUUAGUGCUGCAGGAACAGUCAUUGCAAAGGUGAAAGCUGUGAACUUCAAAGAAGUGAAUGAAGAAAACAAGAGAGAACUCUUCAGUGAAAUAUUUUCAUCUAUUGACACAUUGGCGUUCACUUUUGGAAACGUUGUUUCAGACUUCCUUAUGGGAGAUGUAGACAAUGGUUCAUCAUUGGGACUUCCUGUAUCUCGUAGAAGUCGGUCUUUUGAAAACCUUUCUGUGGAGUCUGUGGGAUCACUACAUGAACGGGAAUAUGUUCAAGAUACAGGACAUCUUCGGGCUGAAGAGGUCGAUAGCAUGCUCCUAAGAAAUGACAGCGGAAUUGAAUCGGCCCUGUCUUAUGCUAAAGCUUGGUCAAAAUAUGCCAAGGAUGUAGUCGCAUGGAUUGAAAAAAAACUUAGCCUGGAAGUGGAAUGUGCUAAAAACUUAGCAAAAAUGGCUGAAACUGUUAAAGCUAUUGUUGGACCCCAGGAUUACAUGCCAUUCCAAUCCAUAUUCAUAAAUGCGUUUCAAAAUGAUAUUGAGAAUAGUCAGCUUUGGCAAAAAACAGCAGCUGCCCUCCAGACUAAUAAAUUUGUGCAGCCUCUGGUAGGAAGAAAAAAUGAGUUGGAUAAACAAAGGAAAGAUAUCAAGGAACUUUGGCAGCGAGAACAGAAGAAAAUGCAAGAACUAGAAGCUACGCUAAGAAAAGCAAAGCUACUGUACCUGCAGCGUCAAGAGGAGUAUGAGAAGGCAAAAUCCUCCACCAGUCGUGCUGAGGAAGAGCAUCUGAGUUCAAGCAACAGUCUUGUGAAAGAUGUCAGCAAACAGUUGGAGAAAAAGCGAAAGCUAGAAGAGGAGGCUCUUCAGAAAGCUGAAGAGGCCUGUGAACACUACAAAGCUAGCAUGGCAGAAGUUGAAGAAAAGCGAAAUGAUCUGGAAAGCUUCAAAAGUGAUGCCUUAACACAGCUUCGGGAACUUGUUUUUCAGUGUGAUCUUACCCUUAAAGCUGCAACAGUUAACCUGUUCCAAAUGCAGCAUGCACAGGUUGUAUCUCUUCCAGUUAACUGUCAGACCCUCUGUGAGAACGCCAAGCUCUAUGACCCAGGACAGCAGUACUCAGAGUUUGUGAAAAGCUUGCCGAAAGAAGACAUUCCCAUUGAAUCAGGUUCUUUUGAAAUUCAGAGUUCCCAGGUUGAUGGGGCUUUUAGUAAACAACCAACAUACAGUGCCCAUGCAUCACAUGGAAACUUAUCCCAGUGUUCAGGAGACUUUCCCACCCAGUCUUUAGAAGAUAUUGGAAGCCCAUCUUACUGUCAUUCCCAAAAAAUUGGGGAGAAGAGGUCUUCCAGCAGCACAGAUAUCCAAGCAGUGCGAGGACCCCCUCCAUUCAGAUCGUGGUCAGUUGGCAACCAAAGUGGAGGAAUGUGCAGUGACUCUGAAAGUGCAGGAGGAAGCAGUGAAUCACGAUCCAUGGAUUCUCCAUCUGCUAGUCCAGCGGAUUUUAAGAGAAGGCUUCCCCGAACACCAUCUACUGGCACUAUGUCAUCUGCAGAUGAUCUUGAUGAAAGGGAACCACCUUCUCCUUCAGACUGUGGUUUAAACGAUUUAACGUCUGAAAUUGCCAGUUCACCAAGACCUUUUAGAAACACUCUUCUGUCCAAGGCAGCUCUAACGCACAAGCUGCGAAAGUUGAGGGCUCCAUCUAAAUGCAGAGAAUGUGACAGCCUAGUGGUUUUCCAUGGGGCAGAAUGUGAGGAGUGCUCACUCACUUGCCACAAGAAAUGUUUAGAGACUUUAGCUAUUCAGUGUGGGCACAAAAAACUGCAUGGAAGACUUCAUUUGUUUGGGGUGGAAUUUGCUCAAGCUGCUAAAAAUAUCCCUGAUGGCGUCCCUUUCAUCAUCAAAAAAUGUACCUCUGAAAUUGAAAGCAGAGCCCUGAAUGUAAAGGGUAUCUAUCGUGUGAAUGGAGCCAAAUCAAGAGUUGAAAAGCUUUGUCAAGCUUUUGAAAAUGGAAAGGACUUGGUGGAACUGUCAGAGCUCUAUGCACAUGACAUCAGUAACGUCCUUAAAUUAUACCUUCGCCAACUCCCAGAACCUUUGAUUUUGUUUCGGCUUUACAACGAAUUCAUUGGACUUGCGAAAGAGAGUCAGAAUGUUAAUGAGGAAUUGGUCAUGAAACAGACUAGCCCCAGAUCAAAGAAAAGACAGUCUGUUUGUAUUGAACUGAACAGAAUAAUCAUUAAAAUGAAAGAUCUCCUCAAACAGCUGCCUAUACCAAACUAUAACACUCUUCAAUACCUUGUAGGACAUCUUCAUAGAGUGACUGAACAAUCUGAUGAAAAUAAAAUGUCAGCUAGCAAUCUUGGCAUAAUAUUUGGGCCAACUCUAAUCAGACCACGUCAGACAGACGCCGCAGUUUCUCUCUCUUCGCUUGUGGACUAUCCAUAUCAAGCUCGGGUGGUAGAGCUGCUCAUAACUUACUAUGAAAAGAUCUUCGAUGUUUCACUGCAGCCACUCUCAACUGCAGUUCAGUCUGAAGAAAAUGCUGCUCCAUUUAAAACUGCUUCAUCAACAGAAGAGAGAGAGCCACAGCAGCAAAGAAAGUCAUUUAUUGCUGUAAAGGAAGGCAUCCUGCUAAUUCCAAGUGAGAGUAAAGCUUCAGAAAUGGCUUCAUCAUUUGAGCAACUAGAUGACAGCAAGAACAAAAGAGAGAGAUCAGAUGCAUCUGUGACUGAACGUAUCUCACUGCCACUCACUGGAACUAAACAGGAUGACUUUGGCCAGAGGAAUUCUCCAUCAGAACUCCCAGCUACCACAGUUCUGGAUAUUAAUAUUCCUACUCCAAAAGAGCCAGGCAAUACUGUGAUGCCAGUUUCAGACAAAGACAAUGAACUGUCUCUCUCUAUAGCUGAAGAUGGCUGUAAAGUCAAUAAUUUGCUACCUAUAAAACCUAGUCGCCAAAUAACCAAAGUUCAGUUACGGUCUCCAAGGACAAAGCCAGUUAUUCGUCCUGUGAGUUUACCUAUAGAUCGAAUGCUUCCUCCGUGUGUUUUGAAUGAGAGAAACUCAGGAAAUGUAGGAGUUUUAAGUCCAGAAAAGCUUGGCAGGAGUCCUACCAUUGAAGAGGUUUCAGAGACUAAGGCACUUCCUUCUGUUAAUGCCUGUUGCAGACUUUCUUGUUACGACACACAGACUCUGAGGAAAACUUGGGACAAGCAGUAUAAACAAUAUGAUAUAACUCCAAGGACAGCAAUGAUUAUGACCAAUAUACCCCAGGAGAACCGAGCUCAUGAGAGUGGGAGUGCAUGUGCCUUAUCUUCAUCCUACAUUGUUGGUAACAAUUCAGUGAAUGCCAUACUUCCCAAUAAGCCAUACACUGUACCUGUCAGAUCUGUGAGGAUGACAACAGAAGGGAAUGGUCCAGAUUCUAAUCCUCUUAGUGCUUUCAGACCACCAAGAACUUUGCAGCCACCACCAGGAACUUUUUAUAAACCUCCUUCUAAUAACAAAGCUAAGCAAAACGAGGAGGGUUCUGUUCCUAAUGCUUGUGCAGCAGCCAGUGCUAGCUCUGUUCUUGCCCAGGAUAACACUGUGAAACUGAUAAGGAACUCUGCACUUGUAUCAGGUGCUCCUGGACAGCAUGAAAAUCAACAAAAAAUAAGCUCCGAGGACCUUCAUCCCGUAGACCUGAAGCCCACCUAUAAGAGACUAAGACCAAAACGUAUGCAAGAAUUAGAACACAGGGAAGCUCAUUUUGUAUAGGGCAGCAAAUAUUUCUUGAGGAUCCCACUUUUGUGCCAUAUUAGAAAUAUAUAUAUACACACAACACAGCAUUUUAAAAGUGGGGGAGGAAACUGUGAAAGAAAAAUGAAGUUGAAUUUUUUUAAUUCAGUAAAUUUUCAUAAAGGUCUAUUUAAAUGUAUUCCCAAUGUAGAUGGAGCUAAUAGAAGGUGCACUUGGUAAGACACUGAGUUUCAAUUCCCUGAGUGAAAUGAAUUAUUUAUAGCAUAAACCAAAGCUUGUGCUUUGCUCUGUAAAAGCUUCUGUUCAGUUUUCCAGUCUUUGCAAUUAAAGCUUUUCUCCUGAAUAGAUUACAUACUGGCCAACAUGGCCUAUAAUUGUGUAUUAUAUAUGUAUAUUAUAUGCCAAUAUGUUCAUCUGUUGCCAGUUUUCAGUGUUGUCAUGUUAAUGUUAUUUGUACAGAAAGAUGCACUUACUGAGCUGUAGUAGUGAAAACCAGAAAUGACGUCAUAUCUAGUUACGGGUAGUAUAACUUAGUGAGUGGAUCAAAAAUACACACCACUUAGCUAGUUCAGAUGACGUUCAGGUGACUACCUGUUGCCGUGGUGCUGUCGUUCCCAGUUACAAAAUAGCCAGUGCUUUCCCUUGCUGUAGAUCAAUUUCACUUCUUGCCUAAUGUAUCUGAAAUGAAGAGUAUAUUUUUGAGAUAUGGUGAAAUAGGUGAAAAUAACCAAAAAAAAAAAAUUAUAACUCAACAUUAGUAGGUGCAUCUAAUGGUUUUUCACUUUGUAUUAAAUGUUUUAUAUGUACACUGCUAUAUUUGCUUUAAAAUAUAUUUACUUGUUAACAUUUUGCUGACUCCAUGGCUUCUGUAAUAUCUUGCUUCUAAAUUAUUAAAAUACAGACUCUUGGUCUUUGCUAGGGUUUAGUAUUAAUACAUGUGUACUGAAAUAUUUUCAUGUUUCAGUUUGAAAAAGUGGGUCAUUUUUGUUCCUGCUUUAAGAAACUAAAGGUCUCAUCAAACUUCCCUUCCUGAAAACAAAACAAACAUAAACCCUGACACUGCAGUCAGUGGCUAUACUCUGAACUUAGUUUAUGGAACAGAAAUGUUAGAUUCACAAAGCUGAACUUCCAGUUUCCCAUGGAAGUAUGACUUGUGCAUUUGCAAAACAGUUCUGCCUCUGGGCAGUUCUGAGAUGUCCAGAAUUAUUUCUUUCAUUUGAGCACGUGGCUUAAAAGGCAGUAGAGCAAUUUGUGGGGAACCCGUCUGGCAGCAGUAGUCAGGUCAAAAAUGGCAAGUUAGGACAGGUUGAAGAUUUCUUCUUGAGAUGUGAGAACAGGUUCCACUUGAAGAGAAGAAGAAAUAAGGUUGAUCAAUGGGCAAAAAUAGUAGGUAUUCUUGAAAAGACUAAGGGAAAAGUGGUGGACAUGGCAUAGAGCUAAUGAGAGGAUAGUGCUGAUAAAACACUGGACAGGAGGGCUGGAAGGAAUAAGCAGCUGACAUUCAUUUCUGCAGCAGGAAGCUUGGUGGGGGUCCUAAAUAUCCACACCCACAUUUCACAUAAAAUGAGUCAUGACUUUGGGGCGGAGUGGUGUUCCAAAAAAUCAUCUCUCCCUGACAAACCCUCAGGCCAGCUCUAUACAAUAUGCUGUUAGAGUGGUGGUUAGGAGUCUGUGUGGGGGGACAGCAUGGCUUAAAAAUUAAUGCCCGCUCUCCUUGUCUAAAAUGACUUCAGCCUCUCUCUGAGACUAGCCUGGCUGCUGCUCACUCAGGCAGUUGCUAUACAAUGAGGGAGCCCACUAUACUGCACAGUAGCUUCUGAGAACUCCCCAAUCAACCCGUUAGGAAUUCAUGGGUGUGAGGAAAACACCAUUUCCUCCCCCCAUUCCCCCAGCCUCAAAAACCUAAGACGACGUAUUUUCUAACUAAUCAAUCAGCCCACCACCAUUGUAGAUUCACGCUGUCAGCCAUGCAAAAGGGCCCUGUGCUUGCUAGGCCCAUUGCUGCUAUUAGGAAAAGUUGACUAAUGGGGAAGCAACUCAGAGGAACUUCCAUGAGGUGUGAAAAAGGGAGUCCUAGAGAGGAGGAGAGAUUGGAACAGGGCCUGGGGACAGAUAGAUUUUGGAGUAGGGGAGAGUAUAGAACUGAUGGUGCAGGAAACGAGUACAAUUUCACUGAUAGAUGCACAGCAGAAAGCUGAAAAUGGUGAACCUCUUAGAUUUAUUGAAAAACUGACUGGGCGAGGCCAGUCUCCUCCUGAAAGAGUGAUCCCUUGAUCUGUAUUCCACUUACUGUAUUGGCCAAGCUGCUUCAGAUGGUGUUUCAAAUGGGGAGAGAUUAGGGUCUUUCGGUAUGUGAGGAUGUGGUUGACUCUGUACAAGAGAACAGAUGCAUGUAAGUUGUGUGUGCUCACUAAUGUACUAAAUCCUGAACUGUAACCAUGUCCAACGAUAAACAAGGGAAAGCCAUUCCUGUUCCCCCCUCUAGUUAGCUAGCCACAAUACAGGGCUGUCUAAUUUCCAAAAAAAAAAAAAAAAGUGCAUGGUGUUUAAGGAAUGUAUUGGGCUCCCACAGCAUAACUGAUGAAUGCUAGGUACAGUUUCCACUCCAAGUGCGUUAGUUCUGUUUCUUCUUGACAAAAUAUGGAGAACUAUUUCUCUAUAUCCUCUAUAUUGCCAGAAAGUGAAGAGUCCACCCAAAUUCUGUGGUGACUCAUGCUCCUGGUAACCCUGCAACACAUAUCCAUUGGGAGUAAGUUAUACACUUUAGAAGCUACUACAACAAAGGUUCAAUCACCUGCUAACCCCCAUGCGAUGGUAGAUCUUCCCAAAAGGAGGUCAAUGCCAGAGUCCAGCUAAUCAACAGCAGGAGACUUAUGAAGAUCUUAACUCAGGUACAUUCUUGCCAAGAAAUGGCUUUUUAAUGAAAUCUGCCACUUUCUAGGCAGCCAGUGUAAGGAAUGCAGGGUGAGUUUGUUGGUAUGACUGCUCAAUCUUGUGGGAAAGAUUUUUGUGACCAUUUUGCAAGACUAUGCUAGCACAAAGCUGUAAUAUAAAACUGCAUUAUUUACAGUUAUUGGUGUAAAUUCAUUGCUUUUUAAAAAUAAAAUUGUCAUUUACAUUUG